AUGUGUCUAUACAGGGGAACCUGGUACCCCGACUGCAACCACAUCCGCUUCGAGCUGCACCUCUUCUGCCGGGAGCUUCUCCGCCAACUCAACCGGAUCAACUCCGCCGAGGAGCGCGCGAAUCUGGCGCUGCCCUUUGACGCCGAUACCGCCGGCUGCGCGCCGCAUGUUGCGCUGGCGGAUGCGGUGGUUGGGCGGGGGGAUCCGUGGAGGAGUAAUGUCGUUGCGUGGGUGACUAGUUUGGAGGAGGUUUGCCCUGAUUGUGAGGGCUAG